AUGUCCCAGGAGAGUGAUUACGUGCUAAUAGGUUUGAAGUGUUCAGAAGUGAAGCUGUUUACAUUGUCUGUGAUUCAAGGUGACACAAGAACUGGGAGCAGAUGUAUAGAGGGGUUGGCGGGAACCUUCACAGUACAGCUUCAGUGUUCUGCCGAUGAAUGGAUACAUGUCGAGCAAGAGGCGUAUGGGAAUGGAGACGCCGCGACAUGUCGUCUGAAAUCAGCACAGGCAUGUAGUAAGGUUCACACCAGCAACCAGAAUGGCCUGAUCGUCAACUGUAAUGGGAAACAGUCAUGCCGUGAAGCCAUAACCGCAACACCCCAAACAAACUGUAACUUUACAGAUGCUGCUGCUGAAGUAAAGUACAACUGUAUCAAAGAAAGUAUGGAUAUGUGUAGUUCAGUCAGCACAACAGUAAACGGGUCGGUGUACCUACAUUCCCCGGGCUUCCCUAACAGUGUCGGUGUGAACAGCAGCUGUGUUGUUAGGAUCACAGGGGAGAAUAUACAAGUAACAUUGGUAGAACAGCGGAUAAAGUUAGGGAGUCUUAACAUCUCAGGUGACGGGAAUCAACUCUGGACAAGGGUGAACUUGAUCCAAAACAACAGGUUAUUACGGGGAACAGCUGCCGAAGUAGUAAUAGUCUACGAUAACCAUUAUCAGAAUGGAUCAAAUGUAUGGAUACGUGUUUCUGCUUCAGGUAAAAUGAACAUAACUUCUGAGCGACAACCGUUGGAAGCAUCAACCACCCCAGUACCCACGCCAACACAGGCGCCAUCGCGUUCACAAGAUGCAACCAGUCCAAGUACUUUGGACACACUGACCACUGCAGCAACAACAAGUACACCUUUGACUUCUAUGGAUUCACUAACUACGUCAGUAGCCACAACGCUACGGAUAUCCAACGGCAUCACUACACUGUCUGAAAUAACUACCUAUACUACUGCUCAGGGAUCAACCGUCACAAUGACAUCCCUUACCUCUACAGCCCUGUCAUCAACACACACAGACAAUGGAAAUAUUGUUUUACCCUUAGCAGUGGUGUGUGGUGUCCUGGUUCUCAUCAUAGUGGCGCUCAUCAUAUAUAUCAUGGUAAUCAGGCUAUCCAGGAACUCGCACGGUAAUUCAUCGAAUCCUGAAACGUCAGUUUAUUAUGGUGUGCAGAGCAUCCCUGAUGGAUCCCAGGGAGAAGAUGACCUUAUUCCCACCAGUGGCACCACCAACACAUAUUCUGGCCUCAGCCAUGAUGUUGAAAGAAAUAUGUACAAUGGAAUACAACGUAAUGCAAGUGAAGACGGUGACGAACAUAGCUACGGUCACAUAAACAGAAGUGAAGUACCUUCGUACGUCAACUCGGUCAGUGGAGAUGAUCCAUACAUUUACGCCUAGAGACUAACACACAAGCUAGUGUACAUGUUUCAGAUUGUUGCAGCAUAUACCAUUAUUCGCAGGUAUACGAUCAGUCAGUGCGUAUUUGCACUUAUCAAGUAUAACAUGUAACCGAUUGAACAAGUGACCGAUGACCAGUUUCCUGUGUGCUUUUAAAGAACCUGGGAUCAAGCUUUUCACGUGCAGCAUGUGUCCAGCAACAGUGAUUGUGUUUCGGUGCAGUGUGCACAGUUGCGUUUUUCACUUUCUAAUUCAUUGCUCCAAGGUGGUUCGAACCCGAACUGUCACAAGGGGACACAUAUCUCUCACAUCACUAUCAUGAUGUUUAAAAAGGAUUUUGGGCAAUUGCUCUUUUCACAAGUACGCUCAUCAAAAGCUUUUGUGUUUUUCAUUCCACCC